CGCCGCCGCCGUGAGGGUCCCUCGCCGCCGCCGCCCCUUAGCCUCCCGUCUUCGCACGCAGGAUUACGUUUUGAAAACAACUUGAAUAGUCUACCGUCUUGCUGGAUUGCAUUGCUUCACAACAUAGAAUGUCUUUCUGAUCUGGAAUUUAUCUGGUGGCUAUGAAUGUGUUUCCUCCUGAAUUUACGUCCUAUGUUCCAUUGGAGCACUGAAGCUCUCCAGAACUGUUGUCUGUUCAGAAGCUAGCCUCUUUUUCUCACACUUGUUUAAAUUCUGCUAGCAAUGAGUUCUCAAAGCCAUCCAGAUGGACUUUCUGGCAGGGACCAGCCAGUAGAAUUGUUAAAUCCAGCCAGAGUAAACCAUAUGCCAAGUUCUGCGAGGGAACCGCCAGAUGGCCCUUGUCGUUGGACCUCAUUGUUCGUGAUGAAUGACGUGGAUGGAGAUGCUCCUUCAGUUGAUGUGACCACAACACUACCUUUGCAAGUGGCACCAUCUGUAGUCCCUAUGGAUCUCCGUUUGGACCAUCAGUUCUCUAUGCCAGUUGCAGAACCUACAUUACGUGAGCAGCAGCUUCAACAGGAAUUGUUGGCCCUCAAACAAAAGCAACAGAUCCAGAGACAGAUCCUCAUAGCAGAAUUUCAGAGACAACAUGAACAGCUCUCUCGUCAGCAUGAAGCUCAACUACAUGAACACAUAAAGCAGCAACAGGAGAUUCUGGCAAUGAAACAUCAGCAGGAGCUCUUGGAACACCAGAGAAAGUUGGAAAAGCAUCGGCAGGAACAAGAGUUAGAGAAGCAGCAUAGAGAACAGAAGCUGCAGCAGCUUAAAAACAAAGAGAAAGGAAAAGAAAGUGCAGUGGCAAGCACAGAAGUAAAAAUGAAGCUACAAGAGUUUGUCUUAAAUAAAAAAAAAGCUUUGGCCCAGCGGAAUCUCAACCAUUGCAUUUCUAAUGACCCGCGCUUCUGGUAUGGGAAGACACAGCAUAGUUCUCUUGACCAGAGCUCUCCACCGCAAAGCGGAGUAUCAGGCACUUAUAAUCAUCCUGUGCUAGGGAUGUAUGAUUCCAAAGAUGAUUUUCCACUCAGGAAAACAGCAUCUGAACCCAAUCUUAAAUUGCGAUCCAGGUUAAAGCAGAAGGUUGCAGAAAGGCGGAGUAGCCCAUUAUUACGAAGAAAAGAUGGACCUGUAGUUACAGCUCUUAAAAAGCGCCCCUUAGAUGUGACAGACUCUGCGUGCAACAGCGCUCCUGGAUCUGGCCCUAGUUCUCCAAAUAAUAGUUCCAGUAACAUAAGCACUGAGAAUGGCAUUACUGGAUCAGUUGCAAAUCUUCAGGCAGAGACCAACCUGGCUCACAGACUUGUGAAUCGUGAAGGCUCAGUAACGCAGCUUCCUUUGUACACAUCUCCCUCCUUGCCAAAUAUAACGUUAGGACUACCUGCAACUGCCCCAUCCAGUGGGGGAUCAGGACAGCAGGAUGCUGAAAGACUUGCUAUUCCACCCUUACAACAACGAAUCUCCUUGUUUCCUGGCACCCACCUCACUCCUUAUUUGAGCAGUUCUGCAGUGGAAAGGGAUGGGGGAACUGCACACAACCCUCUUCUUCAACACAUGGUCUUACUGGAACAACCAACUGCACAAAACCCCUUAGUCCCAGACUGGUAUCUUUCAGGGCUUGGGGCACUGCCCCUCCAUGCGCAGUCCCUGGUGGGCACAGAUCGACUCUCUCCCUCCAUACACAAACUGCGGCAACACCGCCCUUUGGGGCGCACACAGUCUGCUCCUCUUCCCCAGAAUGCACAGGCCCUCCAGCAAUUAGUGAUCCAGCAACAACAUCAGCAGUUCCUGGAAAAACACAAACAGCAAUUUCAGCAGCAGCAGCUGCACAUUAACAAGAUUAUGCCAAAAUCCAAUGAGUCUUCCCGCCAGCACGAAAGCCAUCCUGAAGAGACUGAAGAAGAACUGCGAGAACACCAGGCAUUUUUAGAAGACCCAUAUAUUGAGCGGAUAUCAAACCAAAAGGAGGUCCAAGGGUUGGCCAGUAUGGUCCAGGUGAAGCAAGAACCUGUUGAGAGCGAUGAAGAUGGAGAGUUGCCACAAGAACUGGAACCAGGGCAGAGGCAAGCUGAGCAGGAGCUGCUAUUCAGACAGCAAGCACUUCUACUGGAACAGCAACGGAUUCUUCAGCUGAGGAACUACCAGGCGUCAGUGGAAGCUGCUGGCAUCCCAGUGUCUUUUGGAGGACAUAGGCCACUUUCUCGUGCCCAGUCUUCACCUGCCUCUGCCAACUUCCCCAUGUCCGUACAGGAACCACCCUGCAAGCCACAAUUCACAACAGGCCUUGUGUAUGAUACUCUGAUGCUGAAACACCAGUGCACUUGCGGCAACACAAACAGUCAUCCAGAACAUGCAGGGAGAAUCCAGAGCAUUUGGUCCCGGCUUCAGGAGACAGGUCUUCGUAGCAAGUGUGAGUGUAUCCGUGGAAGAAAAGCUACUCUAGAAGAACUACAGACUGUUCAUUCAGAAGCCCAUACACUGCUUUAUGGUACCAACCCUCUGAAUAGGCAGAAAUUGGACAGCAAGAAACUGUUAGGCUCUUUAACAUCAAUGUUUGUCAGGCUCCCUUGUGGUGGCGUUGGGGUUGACAGUGACACAAUUUGGAAUGAGGUCCACUCCUUCAGUGCUGCUCGCCUUGCAGUUGGUUGUGUUAUAGAGCUUGUUUUUAAAGUGGCUACAGGGGAGCUAAAGAAUGGAUUUGCCGUAGUUCGACCUCCUGGUCACCAUGCUGAAGAAAGCACACCCAUGGGUUUUUGCUAUUUUAAUUCUGUGGCAAUUUCAGCCAAGCUUCUCCAGCAAAGACUGAAUGUGAACAAAAUACUUAUAGUGGAUUGGGAUGUACACCAUGGAAAUGGUACUCAGCAGGCUUUCUACAAUGAUCCUAAUGUUCUUUAUAUUUCACUACAUCGCUAUGAUGAUGGAAACUUCUUCCCAGGCAGUGGAGCUCCUGAUGAGGUUGGCAUAGGACCAGGUGCCGGUUUCAAUGUUAACAUGGCAUUUACUGGUGGUCUUGAUCCACCCAUGGGAGAUACAGAAUACUUGACGGCUUUCAGAACAGUAGUAAUGCCUAUUGCUAAUGAGUUUGCUCCAGAUGUUGUGCUGGUGUCAUCUGGUUUUGAUGCAGUGGAAGGUCAUCCUGCACCACUUGGAGGAUAUAAUCUGUCAGCAAAAUGCUUUGGGUACCUGACAAAACAGCUCAUGGGUCUUGCUGGAGGACGAAUCAUUUUAGCUCUUGAAGGAGGCCAUGACCUAACAGCCAUUUGUGAUGCGUCUGAAGCGUGUGUUUCUGCUUUGCUAGGAAUUGAGCUUGAUCCUAUUCCUGAAAAGGUAUUACAGCAGAGAGCAAAUGCUAAUGCAGUACAUUCCAUUGAGAAGGUCAUUGAAAUACACAGUAAGUACUGGCACUCACUCCAGCGCUAUUCCUCAACAGUCAGCUAUUCUUUGAUAGAUGCACAGAAGUGUGAGAACGAAGAAGCAGAAACUGUAACAGCUAUGGCAUCAUUAUCAGUGGGGGUCAAGCCACCACAUGACAAAAAGCCAGACGAGGAGCCCAUGGAAGAGGACCCUCCCCUGUAGCAGGCAUCUUUGAGGCUGGAGUUCUCCUGUUUGUUCGUCUUGUCUUGAAGCUCUGCCAAGAAGCUUUCUCUUGUUACUCCUGCAUCCUGUCAUGGUUUUCUUCCAGACUACAGAAAGGCAGCCAUGCGUAAAAGAAAGCUAAAUCUCUCUGUAUCUGUACAGAAUAUGCUUGUGGAAAAGAAAAAGUGCAGGUGAAGAGCAGAAAUAUUAAAGACAUAUGCGCUGAGCGUUCUUCCUCUUUUCCUAAAUGGAAGUUUGAGAGGCAAGAAGCCAGUGAAGUAUUUGGCAAAGUUGCCAACUUUUUAAAAAGAAAGAAAUCAAAGAUUAAACACAGAUAUGACAACUUUCAUUUAAAACUGGUGCUUAAAAGUUUGAUUAUCCUCCGUUCAGACCACUCAGACCAUAUUGUAGUUUUGUGUUUUAUGUUUUAUUUUUGUGGCUCUUGCCUACCUGUGAUCCAGACACUCUCUUCAAAACCCAGACAAUAUGAGAAGUCUUUUUUUCCCUUUAUAUGAAGGGUGAAAAGAGAACUAAGCUUUUUUAUACCUAAUAUACAUGCAGACAGACUAUAUAUGUGUGGCGAGGAAGAACGUAAACCAAGGAAGAAAGCCCGGAAAGGGGAUUGGCUUUAGCAUCUCCAAAGCCAUCUGAAGAGUUUGUGCCUUUAAAAAAAAAAAGAUUGGAUUGAUUUUGGGCAGCUGGUUUUUUCUGACGUUUUGAUGAACAAUGCCUUAAAGAAAAGAACUCUGCAGUGAUUCUUCUGGAAGGGCGGGCAGCUGAGAACUGCAAUCAGCAAGAAAGGCUCUAGGAUUUCUGCUGGCAAGUAAUGGCCGGAGCUUCUCCCAAACAGUUGACAAGUUUGGAUUUUGUUUUGUUUUCUUUUAUUGCUGUUUAAAAUGAAAAUUAAGGUAGUUGCCAGUAAUGUGGCAAAUACUGUUGGGUUUCUAAAAUUCAACAAUUGAUUAAAAAAUCCCAACAUCUUCUCCUACACAUUAUGUAUAACCAUUUUAACUAUCAAUUUGGUUGUAAAGCAUGCGUCAGAUACAACUGCAAAUUUUAAAAAAUUGGAAUGCUUUUUAUUAAAAGCAACUAGCAUGAUAUACUGCUUAAUAUUUUAGGUAUAAUUAUAUAAAUGUAUAUGUAUAAUGUAUAUUCCAAAUGUAUUCCAAGCUUAGAAACGCGACUCUUACAAAUUAUUGAUAAAAUAUUUAUAAUGCAUUUAUACAAAAUAUAUAAAUAAAUGCAGAUUACAAUGGUAGCCAUUGGAAGUUCCCUUGCAAAAGAUUUAUUUGUGAAUUGGAGUGUAAGGGUUUUUAGAAAAGGGAUCUUGUUUGAAACUUGACCAUUUUCAAACUGUAGUUUGGAAUGCUUUCAGAAUGCCAACAUUUUAGCCGCUAGGCAACUACCCUAACAUCACUAUUUUAAUUUAAGAUUUUUAAUUUUGAUCUUCUUUUAACAAAAUGAGUUUUUUAGUAAAUAUGUAUUUGCUGUUGCUUUAUUUUAUAUUGGUUUUUACAAAAUCCUUAAAACAGCCUUAUUGCAUGAAAUUUCAUUUUAUUUUCCAUUGGACAGCUGUGUUUCUAAACAGUAACCAUUUUCUUGACCUGUGUCACUUUCCACACUGGAGUUUUAUUUGUGUUUGGCCUUUCGUACCAUCAAGAGUUUUCAUGGUCAUGUGGGACAGUUGCAAAUUGUUAGGCUUUGUUUUUAGAAAGCCCUUUUCACAAAAGGAAGGAUUCCAAGGUCUUUUUUAUAUCAGGAAACUGAUUGUAUAUUUUAUCAGUUCUGCAGUCAUAGUUGCUAUGCUACAUUUAAAAAAAUAAGGAGCUUUCUUAACCUUAAAAAUAUAUUAAUAUUACAAAGAGUGAUGUAUCCUAUAUCCUCAGUAUAGAGUGUGACAAGGAUUAUUAAAGGCAUUCAUAAAUUUAGUGACCAUGUUGAAGGUCUGCCAAACUCUCAUGCAGUUAAUGCUAACACAUACACACAGAACUUUUCUUAAACCACUCUGGUUGAGUUAGUCCUCUAAAAGACUAUUUCACAGUGAAUCGUAAUAUUAAUAUCUUCUUUUUGGCUGGGAGACUGCUAAUCUUGGUCACUAUUUCCUACCCCCCCCCCCAGUUGCCUUUUGAGGUGAGGGGAGUUGACCCUCAGAAUAAGUAACUAAACUUUUAGUGGUGAAAUUAGAUAUCUGGAGGAGACUGAAUUCAUGUGUUCUUUUUCAAGCAGUGUAGGAUAUUACAUGCCCCUCAUCUGAAUAACCAGUGGUAUUUUCCUUUUUUAAUAUUUUUGUUAUGAUAACUGACAGGGUCACUUUGUAGUAACUUAUUUUCUGGUUCUGAAAAGUUUUGUUUUUCUUCAUUCCAUUAAAAUCAGAAUUGUGAGAAUUUAAUUAUAAAUCCGACUGAGUGCUGGAGAGAGUUUGAGGUUUUUAUUUAAUGCUUGAUAUGCAAUUUUUAAGACACACUACAAUAUUUGAGUUAUUGCUAACCCAAAUACAUGCAAAUUGAUGAAUACUUUUUGGCACUAGAACUGCCGAGAGCAUACUCUAAGAGUAAAGUUUGACAGUAAAGAUAAAAUGUAUAUUUUAUAAAAUGACUACCUUGCUGCUGUGAUCUUUAAAGAUUUUUGCUGUGGAAUCAUCUGAUUUCAUAUUUUGUUAGUUUAGCCCUUUAUGACUGUUGAUAAAAGUGAUGCAUCCACAAUUA